AUGCGCCUUAAGUUCUCUCUGAGGGCGCCUGUGGUGUUUGCUCUGUCAGAGAGGAAAAUUAACGAGAUAACACAGCUUUUGCUUAGCACAGGCAAAUGUGAUAUUUCAUAUGUUGUUAAUUACCCAACCUUACUUACUUUCAGUGUUGAGAAUAGGCUUAAGCCACGCCUAAGAGUUCUGGAGGUUUUGGAAAGCAGGAAUUUGAUUCUUAAAAGGCGCUUGUUGAGGUUGGAAAGCAGGAAUUUGAUUCUUAAAAGGUGUGCCACAGUUGCUGAAAGUCUUGCCGAAUUCGAGAAGGGCCUUAUUCAGUUGUGGCGGCACCAAGCGGAGGGAGAAACCCCCAUUGCGGUGGUCGAUUACUUGAUUGAUAGACACAAAUUUUCUCCUGAAACUACUUCCAAAGUCUCUGAAAAGUAUCUGGAAAAUCCUGAAGUGGCCCAUUCGAUUCUUUCAUUUCUCCAGGAAAGUGGUUUUUCGGAUACCCAUCUCGAGCGUGUCAUCAAAUACGCGCCUCAACUUCUCUCUGCAAAUCUUGAGCGCUCCAUCAAACCCAAAUUCAAGCUUUUUCGAGACUUGGGUUUUUCUUCUAGCGAUGUUGUGGAAAUUGUUUCGUCUAACCCACGGAUUCUAACUAGUAGCGUUGAUAAUCGGCUUGGCCCGUCGAUUUUAGCAUUGAAGAGUGUUUUGGGUUCGAGUAUGGAUGAUGUGUCUAGGGUUUUAAAGAAAAGAGGGUGGUUUUCGAGGUAUGAUUUGGCGAAAACUAUGAUACCCAAUAUUGAAUUUAUUAUCAAGAGCUGCGGUAUGAGUUCGACACAGUAUGUGUAUAAAUUCCCAAGAGUAUUCAUGUGUAAACCGACGCAGAUUAGAGAAUGUGUGAAGAGGGUUGAUGAGAUGGGGAUUGACAGGAAGUCUAAGAUGUUCCUUCCUGCGAUUCGGGCUAUUCGUUCGAUGUCUAUAGAGAAUUGGGAAUUGAAAUUGGAGGUGUUUAAGAGUUUGGGAUUUUCCGAAGAUGACAUUCUCUCAGUUUUUAGGAGGGCGCCUCAGGUGUUUACUCUGUCAGAGAGGAAAAUUAAGGCGAAAACGCAGUUUUUGCUUAGCACGGGCAAAUGUGAUAUCUCAUAUGUUAUUAAUAACCCAUUCUUACUUACUCUCAGUGUUGAGAAUAGGCUUAAGCCACGGCUAAGAGUUCUGGAGGUUUUGGAAAGCAGGAGUUUGCUUCUUAAAAAGUCGAGUUUGUGGACUGUUUGCAGAAUGAGUGAUGAGAAGUUCUUUGAGAAAUAUGUACUCCCUUAUUCAGAUGAAGUUGGCGAAUUAUUUGUGGUUAACAAGGUCUAA